AAAAGAUCGAUCUUUUUUUAUCUGAACCGUGCAAUGAAAUGAUCUUGUCUUUUCAGAAUAAAAAGUGUAAUUACACGAUUAUUUUAUUUAAAAUAGCUUCUUUAUGUAAUUAAAUUAUUCGAAAAUUCACUUUUAGUUUGUGACCUGUGUUAUACGUAUUCUAAAUCAUAAUUUAUGGAGGAAUACGCCAGAGAACCGUGCCCAUGGCGUAUUGUCGACGAUUGCGGUGGUGCAUUUGCGAUGGGAGCUAUUGGAAGUUCAUUGUUUCAAGGUGUAAAAGGAUUUAGAAAUGCGCCUAGUGGAAUUAAAAGACGUCUUCAGGGAAGUUUGACAACGAUUCAGCAAAGAGCUCCUGUAUUCGGUGGAAAUUUCGCUAUAUGGGGAUUUGUAUUUUCAACAGUCGAUUGUUCGUUAGUAUAUUAUAGGAAAAAGGAAGAUCCGUGGAAUUCCAUCAUCAGUGGAGCUGUCACCGGUGGAGUUUUGGCUGCAAGAAAUGGGUUACCAGCUAUGGCCGGAAGUGCUUUAAUCGGCGGUUUUCUAUUAGGAAUGAUCGAAGGUGUAGGAAUAUUAAUGACACGAUUUAACGCCGAACAAUUCAGACAACAGGGUCCCGUAUUUGAAGAUCCUUCGGUACUCGGUUCCUCGCAACCUCCAUUUGGAAAUCCAGCGUCUUUUCAGUAAUAUUUAUAUUUAGUGACGGUAACAUUUCAUUAUUGACUGAUCUUGUUUUUUCUUUCUUUUUUUUCUAAAGAAUUGGUAAAUAGAUCAAUCGUUAAAUUUUUAAUCGAAACAACAUGAAACAAAAUUAUUAUGUUUACUUCAUCAACAGAAUCAUAUUAGUUGGGACGUGAAAAAAAAUUAUAUGGUUAUGUCAAGUAUCAGAAGAAAUAUUGAUAAAAAUCUAAUACUUGACUGUAUCGUAUGAGAUUGAAAUCAAAAUUCACUUCAGGUGAUCCGUGAUCUACGAAUAAUUAUUACCGUUUGACUAAAAUUAACGAACUAUUAAGUUUAAUUAAUGUCAAUGUUUAGCUUCUGGUCAUCUGCGUGCUGUAGUAUAUUUAUUUGUAGUAAUACGCCAAAUAAUUUCGCCUUAGCUUACCGUUGUUAGGUUAUUAUGGUAAUUAUGAUACAGUUCGAAGUGUAUAGGUUUUUAUAGUACAUGUAAGGAUGUUGUUUUGUUUUGUUGUAUAUUAUUUAUAGGUCUGUAAUCGUGUACCUUGCAGCUUCGUCUGAACGUAAAUAAAAUUUCGUACGUCUUUUUUGAUA